CGUGUACAGAUGUCAGUCGUCCGGCGAGGCUCGAUAUGAUCGGACGUGUACAGGUACGUUCGACGAGGCGCCAGUUCACCUGUAUUCACCGUAUACAAGCUUCGCGUUUCGUGAGGUGAGCCGGUGAGCCGGAGAGCGCACAGUGACGUGUCUGUCGAACGACCAAGUCGCCGGUCGCUCGCGGAUCAGUCAGUCGACUGAAAGAUCAUCCGGUCACGUUGACAGAAACGUCGGCCGCAUGAGUCAGUGCCGUUGCACGGCCGCUGCAGCAGCCUCCGACCUUUUGUCGUUCUGAGGGAUUUGCAGGAGUAAACAGCAAAAUCCACUUGUAUUCCUUUUUCUCGUUCAAGGGGGUGUACUACGCAAGCAGAGUAGUCUUUAAAAGCCAGGCAGAAUUCAGUCGAUUUCGGACACAGUUCGGAGGAGAUACAGAGAGCGAGGAGAAAAAUGUGGGAUUCCUCUUGUCGCAGGUUAACGAGAGAAGAAAAAUGUCCACGGCGUUGUUGGCCGUGUUCGCUGUGAUUCUCUGCAUCCUCUUCAGGAUAUUGAACGUGAACAGCUCGCCGCACCGACCUGUCCUCGUCUGCAAGGAUCAGUUCUUCUUGUCAACAGUACUGAAAAUCGCGCCGGUUAUCGCCGAACCAUACAAGCCGACAAGGUUGUGGGGUUUCAGCGGGCACGUACAAACCAUCAUCCACAGCGUCAUAGGGCGCGUUCGGUGCCCUUGGCCCAUUGGCGAACGCGUGUAUAUCACUCUUCCGGACGAGACCACGCUUACGUACGAUCUUUAUCAACCCCUCACCCACGGGCAUGAAGAUGACAUAACGAUAGCCAUCUGUCCCGGAAUCGGAAACAGCUCGGAGAGUGUUUACAUCAGGACGUUCGUGCACUUCGUGCAAUGCCACGGUUAUCGAUGUGCGGUACUUAAUCACGUCGGGGCCCUAUCCAGUGUCAAGAUCACAGCGCCUAGAAUAUUCUCUUACGGUCACACGGAAGAUUACAGUAUGAUGCUGCAAAGUUUGGUGGAGAAGCAUCCCAACACCAGGAUAGUUUGUAUCGGAUACAGUUUGGGCGGUAAUUUAGUAACGAAAUAUCUAGGAGAACGCGGUUCUAACAAAUUGUCCAACAUUAUAGGCGGUAUAUCAAUCUGCCAAGGAUACAAUGCUCUCGAAGGGACGAAGAUUCUGUUAAACUGGCAGAACUUCAGACGCUUCUACCUUUACGCAAUGACAGAGUCAAUGAAGAAUCUUAUACUUCGACAUAAAAACGUGCUUUUGUCGGAGGACGUAAAACAGAAAUGUAACUUGAACGAGCGCGAUAUAAUAUCCGCUGCGACAUUACCCGAAUUGGAUGAAGCGUACACGAGAAGGGUACAUAACUUUAGGUCUGUACAAGAGCUGUACAAGUGGAGCAGUUGCGUCUUUUAUCUGGACAAUAUUACAACGCCUAUGGUAUUCAUUAAUGCGUUAGACGAUCCGAUCGUACCAGAAGUGCUGCUAAAUCCAAUUAAAGAACACGCGGUAAAUCGCUUAAACACGUUAUAUGUGGAAUUAGCGCAUGGAGGUCAUCUAGGUUUUUACGAAGGAGGUCUUCUGUAUCCAAAUCCUAUAACAUGGCUGGAUCGAACGCUGGUGUCUCUUGUGGGAUCUCUGACCCUAGCGCACGCAGACAAAGCUUUGAAAGCCUCUUAACCUAAUUUAGCUCGGUUAAUGUACUCGGAUUAUUGAACGUUGAUUGCCAAACGUAUCACGCAUUGUGGUCUCUUAAGAUCAGUCAACACUGCACUUGACCCCGUUGGUUGCCCUUUUAGGCAGCUAAAGUUAUCUACAACGAGAUGAUGUAUCAAGGAUACUGAAGAGACGGUAGUACAUUGUAGAAAAACGUUUGGUACUUUUCAUUUCACGGUACAUGCAGAGAGAGAGAGAGAGAGAGAGAGAGAGAGAGAGGAAUUGCAUUUACUUUCACAAACGAUACAGGAGAAACAAGUGAUAAAUACGACUGUACAAUAAGAGACGUUUGCUCACUGAUGAUAGGCAACUUUGAAAUUAAAGGUGGUUUUGGGACGCCAACCAAAUUGUUGCUCGCAUCUCUUUAUACAUGAGGUUACAGUUAGUGAAGUUUUUAUUGUCGCGUACAAUUUAGCGUAACAAAAUUAGACAGCCUAAUUUCCCGGAGAAAACAGCGAGAAACGAAGUGGAUUUUUAAUAUUUUACUAAUAUUGACGCUUCUUCCUCAGGGAUCUUCUAUAGAGCAGCGGUUUGAUAACAGGGCCUUCGAUGGUCGUUAACAGGUUGCUAGUGGUGCUCACUGUACAAGCGAUUACGAUAUAUGUACACACAAUGAAUGUGAGUUCAAUGCAAUACGAAAAAUUUUCUGUAUUCCUCACUGAUAAUCUGUAUUUAUGUACAGUACGUAUAUUCAUAGGCUAUAUAUCAACUUACUGUAUUUAUAUAAAAACGCGUCUCAAUUACAAUUUAGGAUUAUAUUAGCUUUAUCGAUAUGGAAGAUCGCCGCUGUACAAACAUUGCAUACGCGUCGUUUAACCUGGAAUUGAUAAAGUGAAAAAGUGUCUGGUCAGUUAUAACGUUGGAUUUGCGAAGAAAUCGAUUAAAAUCGAACUCAUUGUUUCGCAAAUCUAUAAUUUAACUAGUGUACUCGAAUGUAUAUUACAAAUUUUGUAAAUAAUACUUUUCUAAAUGAAUUUAUAAACAAAUCACACACAAGACGACACACUGUGUUUCACAAAUCCAACUUUAUCGCCGAUUAUUAUAUUAUAUUUACAUAUUGCGCAUGGGAGGGAAAUUUUUUCAUAAAAUUGUAAUAUCACGUAUUCGCGCAUACAUUAUCAUGUAAUGAUUCAUAGAUAUUAUGUAAUACAGAUAACAUUAAAUUACACAAUAUCGUACGUGUACCGCGUAUCAAAUUACUAGAAAUAUCAGAAUUACGAAAAUCGGUCUAAUUUAAUUUAUUUUUAUUGCAUAUCGUAUGAUAUGUAAAAAAAAUUAGGUGCAUAUGUGAUACAAUUAAUGUAUAACAUUUAAUCCAUUGAUAUUCCAUAUCAUGAUGGUCAAAAAUAUCUUACUCGUCCACAAUGUAUAUGUAUAUCUGUAAAUUGCAACCUUAUUCUGUGGGAUAUAAUGGGUUAAUCUUAAACAACAAAAACUGCAUAUUUGAAUACCGGGUAGAUCAAGAGUGUCUUGAUCCACCCUGAUGAAUUCAUAUUGAUAAAGCUAAUGCACACAACGCGAUGUACAAUAAUUUCUCACGUUAGACGAUAUAUUUUAAACGAUAGGUUAAAUUGUGCCACGCCAUCCUGGGCGAUUGUGCGACUUAACUGAUAUUUAUUUGCUACUACUGCAUUUUGAUGGUAAUGGUUUAAAAACGGCACUACCAAUGAGGCAACUGAUGCAACCUUGUAGAAGGUUGCACAGCCGCGGACGGAGACGAAUAUUUCUACUUAAACUAUUUAUACUUACGCGAAAGUGAUUCACAUAUGAUCAAGUCGUAACUUGGCGACUUCAAAGUAAGAAUUUAUUUUCGUGAUGAUUUACGCCAGCAAGUUACGGUCCAAUACCAGAAUAAGCAUUUGUAUUCAAGACAUUUAAUCAAACAUCCAAGCGGAUUCGCUUUCUGACCACGGGAAAGCAAUCAUUGUACGGUAGGGUCGAAAUUGUAUCGAAGGUAUCGAUCAACAUGCAACACUUGCGAUUCUUUAUAUAAUGCGCGAUUGUACGAGAGUAACGAGACAAUAAGAGACACGAGAUAUACAUGAACGAAAUUGAUAAAUAACGUUAUAUGUUUCAUGAGCAAGGCUUAUAUUAUUUUUUUCGGGCAUAAAAUAUAUAUUUAUUUUUUGUUGUAAAUAGAAUUUAUAUUUAAUUCCUUUAGUUUUGUUUUAAUGAUUAAUGUUUCGCUGUAUUCCUAUAUGACACAGUUGAAUUAGCACAAAUAUAUGUAUAUGUAUAUAUCGAUGACAUUGACAAUACAUUCAUUACACAAAAUGUAAAAUUAGCAGAACUUAAUAUAUGUAUUAUUUAUCAUGUUACAAUGUACAUUUUAAAUUUCGAACGCCUAAAAAGUCAAAAAAGAAGUUUUUACGGCUUAUUUGUUAAAAUUCCGUAAGAUUCAAUGAAUAAAGAAAGUUGUACUUAUCAGAAUGCGAGACAAAACGAGCCGAGAGUCACUCUGAGAUAAUCGACGUUCGAUCCUGUUUUAUAAUUUCGUCGUUACAUCUUUAUUACAGCUGGACUGAUAGAUGUAAUUUAAGAUAAUCGCAUCGCCGUCUUGAAGUUGAACGAUUCCUAGCUUUGACCAAUUUCCCCACUCGUGAUACGAAUUGCAUUGGAGAACGGAUAACGACCAAGAGUAACGUGUGCAUUCCUCUGUAACUGAUGUAAUAAUCAACGACAAAAAAAAUCUUUUAUACACGGGUAUAUGGUAUAUAUCCCCUGGUUGCAAUUGUAUGUGAACAUGUGUAUGAGGCUCCCUUAUAUCUGUGUGUGAAAUCUGGGAGAUAGCGAGAGGUGAAAGGAUUUAAUUUGCUGAAAGACUUGGAUUAGAAUGUAUGCGAGACUUUUCAUUCAAAGAUAUGGUAGGAUCUCGCGCCAAAUAUAUACGCGAAGCGCGAGGCACGGGCGCAAGAUUGAACUUACACGAGAGCGAGCAUUUGUCAUCCUAUUAUCAAUUGAGUUGUGUAUAUGUGUGAUUGUUAUAAAAAUACCAAAGCAAUGCAUGAUUUCAAACGUAGGAGUUAAAUGUCGUGGGAUGCUAUUUUUUACGAUUAAACGUAAAGACGUUAAAACGUUUGACGUUCAGUAAGUAUGAAGGCUUAGUAUGAAAUUUUCGCACUGACAACAGCUAAUAAGAUUUAUAUCGGCUGGUUCCUUUCUCUAUUAAUUUAUAAUUAAUAUCUCUAUUGACUUAUUAUUAAUAUCUGUAUCGUCUUCAUCGAAUAACCUUGACAACAAUUUAUGAAAGUUUUACAGCAGGUACACUCAAACGAAUGAAGGCAUUCUGACUAUUUGCACUAUGUCGCGGAUAGCAACGUAAUAUUUAUUGUGGCCUGUUUAUAGAAAGCUUUAAUAUUUUAUUAGUUACACAUGCAGCAAGAAAAAUGAUAUUUUUAAAUACAGUGUCAACGUCAAUCAAAUCUGAGAUCACGAUUUUCAAGAUGUUACGCGAUGGUGUUUUUGUAAAUCGCGUGUAAUUUAACUGCGAUAUUAAAUGUUUCUCAAACACGACGGAUAAUCACAAAUGUUUCGAUCUUUGUACGUGACUUGAAGGUCCCCCGUUCUCUCGGGAUACUACGAAAAGAUAUUUUUCGUUAAGUUAUACGUGUAAAAAUGUGUAGACUAUUUUGUAUAAUGAUUCAAUAUAUGUGUCGUGCGACA